GUUUCGUGCCAAUUCUGGAUGAAAUUUUCGUAUAAUUUAUGUAGUUUUUUUUUUCAGGAAAACCAUUGAUGAAUUCCCAGGGAAAUACUGAAGGGAUUUUACCACAAAUGCUGCAAGAAUUUUUGGAAACUUCUAUAGGAAUUCCCGUGGUUUUAGUGGGGAAGCCAUGAAGGGAUUUUCGGGGAAUUCCUAGGAACAAUCUUGGGGAUUUGUGGAGAAAUUUCUAUGAAACUCCCAAAAGAAUUCCCUGGGAGUUCCAAGAUAAACUUUCGGGUACUUCUGUAGAAAUUGCCUGGAUACCUCUGCAGAGAUUCCUGAAGAGCUGAUGGAGAAAUUCCCGAGGAUCCCUUGGAGGAUCAUCAGGGUAAUCACUCAAUAAUUCCUCUAGAAAAGCACUCCUAGAGGAAUUUCCGAUGAUUCCUUGUAGGAAUUCCCGAGGACUCAGUUCUCUGUGAAGAUUCACAGAGAUUUACUCCACGGCUUCACAUAGAUUUAGUAUAAAGAGUAUCUAUACUCAGAUUUAUUCAUAUGGCCUACCUAAACCGUUAGAAAUGCAACCCACGUGGUACUCUCAUUGUCAGUGUACAAUUCCCGGGAAGUCCGGCACAUGCGCACUUUUACCUUAUUCUCCUACCCUGAUACCGAAGGUCAGGAAUUCCGUCAAAACAACAUCCUGUGUUCGUUUCUGGCGUACCUACGCGAACAACCCGUUUUUGUCCCGGCAGCAGGAUAUGGACGUUCCCUACCGCAGUGUCAUCAACGAUCCGCACCAGUGUCGGCUGUGCCUUCGGGUUUGCGACGACACCUUCCUGGAGAGCAUUUUCUCCGGCCAGGAAUACAGCAUCGCGCAUCAGAUUUUCGAAUGCACCUCGAUUCGGGUCACCCAGCAGGACAAUCUGACCAAAAUCUGCCGGAACUGUGCGGCGCUACUGUUCAUCACGACCGAGUUCCGGAACGCAUGCUUCAAGACCAACCGGCUGCUGUUGGAGGACUUUGUCAUUCUGGAGGUCGGCGAGUGGAUGGACGAAGCGCCCCGGAAGGCGCUGGAGAGCUGCUCGGAGUUGAUUGUGAAGCACAAGCAGCAGGUGGACUAUCUGUACGAUAGCAUAGUGCCGGACUCGGAGUCCUAUCUGGCGGGAUCGCUGGAAAUCGAGCGGGAGUUGUUCAACUCGGCCAAAACCGGUGGUGAGGGUAAAGAGGGGAGGGAGAUAGGUGUGGCAGAGGACUUGCCCGUCGUGGCACCAGAAGAACCGGAUCCGGAGAUUAUUCAAGAGAUCACCAAGUUCUUGGAAGCGCAGCAAACGAUCGGCGAAGGGGGGAUGUGUCAGGUGUGUUCGUUAGAUGUUGGUCAAAAAGUUCCUGAAGAUACUGUGGAUGUGGUGAGAAGGUAUUUCAAAGGUAGAAGCGCGCAAACCUUAUGGAUUUGUAAUAUGUGUCGGCAGUGCUUGGAAAUGGUAUCGUUGUGGCACGACUCAUUCCGAAGCAAAGCAGUUUCGAAGAUGAGUUACAAGUUGAAUAACAUCAAGGAGACUCAGAGGCAUCUGUUGAAGCAAUUUCGAGACCUUAAUGCUCAGCUGGAUAAAGCAGCAUCUAAGAAGCCUGUCAAACCGAAAUCAAUUGAAGAAAAAACGAGCAAGCGUAAGAAAGUCUCGUGUACCGUGUGUGAAAAACAGUAUGAUAGUUGGAAGAUGAAGGCGCAUAUGAACGAGCAUGAAAAAAAGAAGCCCUACGAAUGCGAUCAUCCCGGGUGCAGCAGUGCCUUUUCCGGAGUCGAUCUGCUGAAUCGACACAAGAAGUUGUGGCACUCGGAUUACUUCUACAGGAGCUGUUCAACCUGUGGCAAGAAGUGCAAGACUCAGGGAAUCUACAAUACGCACAUCUCCUACCACGAGGAUCCGAAGCUUCCCUGCGAGGUGUGCGGAAAGCUAAUGAGGAACAAGAGAAGCAUGUGGAAGCACAUGAAGUCACACCAGACGCCAGAGAAUCGGGAACACGUGUGUGGAGUGUGCAACAAGCGCUUUGCCCUGGCUUACACCUUGCGUGUUCACCAGCGAAUACACACCAACGAGAAGCCUUUCCUUUGUGGAGAGUGCGGGAAGCAGUUUCAGUACAACUGUUUGCUAAAGAAUCACAUCGAGAGGUAUCAUUCCGAAGAACCUGUUGAAGUGAAGGAACUUGAAUAGGAUUCUGUGAUAUAAAAAGCAAUGUAAGCACCUUGAUUUCCAUAGAAUACAUUUAACGAUCGUCCUGUU